AUUUAUUUGCCACUCCAGCCAGCUACUAGCAAUGAAUCUCACAGGUUUUGGCAGGCAAUACUGGUUGGUGGCAGGCAAUACUGCUCUUUGAAGAUGGCAAUGCAGUUGACCAGCAACAAAGCUUCUUCAACUUAUGCUCAGUUCAGGCGACUGAAAACCACUGAAACCUGUGAAAGGCACACUUUAAGAGUUUGCAGGUGGCGAGCGACGCUCUGCUUGUGUAGUGGCUGACUUGAUGCAAAAGGAGCUCCUGGCUUGGAAUGCACUCGGUCUCUCCUUAGGCUCUUUUAAAAAAGAGAAUGAACAGCCUUUAGGAUAAAAGGUUGAGGGGCUUCGCUCGCUCGCCGUUUCUGGACAAAGCCACUGGUGCGCAAAUACCUCGCUUAGGAGGUGAGAUGAUGCUUUUCUAACCGAAAAAGACCUCAAAGCGCAUGCAUGACCGGAAUCAGGAAGUCCUUGAGGGUUGGUCGUCAUUGGGUUCAUUGUAGAGCUUCAACGUACCCGGCACAAAAAGUCCAAUGAAGCAUCCAUUCAAUCCCAAAGAUUCGAUUUGUUUUGCUCCGACAUAAGUUAGUUUAAUCCGCCUUUCCGACUUCGAAAACCAGACUCUCCAAGCCGACAGAGCUAGAUAACAUUCCAGGCAUGAAAAGGACGCCCUUUCUGAUUCGGAGAGAAGACAUCGGGAGAUGAUAUCGAUUUGCUUUCGCAUAGCUGUGAUCGUAGCUGCCUAUGGGACGCCAUUGCUCUCGGAUGCCCUAUUGGACGUGCCUGCUCCAUCCAAUCUUCCAAUCUUGUUUGACUCGAGCAAUCACCUCCACCGAUCCUUGGCCUACCAUCCAGAACAACCAGCUCGCGUGGAAGCCUGUGUAAAAGCUCUACAAGAGUAUCAGCAGGAGUCCUCAUGUUCUCGAAGGCUCACAUUGAUCGACGUUUCUGCAGAUACUCCUGGCUAUGAAGAGUCAGAUUCAGAGGACUCUAUCCGCCGUCAAACCAUUUCUGACGCCGAAUUGGAGCAGGCCCGUAAUGUGUUGCUCCAAAUACACGAUCCCAGCGUGGUUACAAAUGUGGAAAAGCGAUGCCAGCAAUCCAAGCAGCAUAGAAUCGACGAAGGACAAGAUCCAUUGGGUUUCAUUGGUUACGUGGAUGACGAUACGUAUUUGACAACAAUGAGUUACGAUGUUUGUCUCCGUGCCACUGCAACGUGGAUGAGAGCCAUUACUUGGUUGUAUCAACAGCAGAAGCAGAAUCGUGAUGGAGGCACCACUGAAACGUCAAUCCCAGCAUCCGCCAAGUCCAACGGUUCACUCAGGCAUCCUACAGCCAUGGCACUGACCAGACCUCCAGGACAUCACGCAACUCAUGGCAUGUCCAACGGGUUUUGUCUCUUCAAUUUUGCAGCUGCGGCUGCAUACCACUAUCAGCAACUUUCCACCACUGCCAAGAUAUCCAUCUUGGAUUGGGAUGUGCACUAUGGACAAGGAGUAGCCGACAUUGUCUCCAAGUAUCCGGACACUAUUCGGUACGCUUCCAUCCACCAAUCCCCGGCUUUUCCAUACAUGGGGACGAAACGAGAGAUUAGAGGCAACACUUUGACCAUUCCAAUGGCCGCAGAGACAACUUGGAGGUGUGGAUAUGAAACCUACCUCGAGGAGGCCUUGAACUUCUUGUUUGCUAGUGACCAUCAACCAGAUCUGGUCAUUGUCUGUGCGGGAUACGAUGCGCUCGACAGCGAUGAGCUGGCCAGCGUCAGCCUGAACGCUGCAGACUAUGGACGCAUGACUCGUUCGUUGAUGGGCAAGAUCAAGGAGUCCUCUGGAAAAAAGUCAGUGGCAUUUUUAUUGGGAUUGGAAGGCGGGUACCAGCUGCGGCACAUGGCUGGAGGAGGCAAUCUACAACAGGCUGUGGUGGAAACGGUCAAAGCACUUUUAGAGCAAUAGCCGGAACAAAGGGACGAGAAGUUGGCUGUGAUCACGAGGUCGCCUGCUUUUUGUCGGAGACAGAGCUCCUCGGGGAUCUCACCGGUGACGCUCGUGCCACUAAUGUCCAAGACCUCCAACGUGGAGCUGAUGUGAGCUAGCUCCGCUGGAAGCGCCCCAGUGACGCCUUGAUUUCCAGACAAGUCAAGAUUUUGGAGCGAGCUCAAGAGCCCUAAUUCCGAAGGCACACUUCCAUAGAAGUGGUUGUGCCCCAAGCCAAGGUACGUCAGGUUGGGCGUGUUCUGGACCUCAGAUGGUACAGUGCCUUCAAACUUGUUGUCCGUCACAUUCCAGACUUCCAGUUUAGGAAACAAUGGAAGUGCCACAUGGAUGUUGCCUUCGAACUGGUUUCCGUCCAGCUUAACAACCCGGAGCUUGGGGGCCGUCAUGCCAGCGCUGACCCGUAUAGGUCCUGCCAACCUGUUAUUUGAGAGGAUAAACUCACGGAGGCAGAGUUCGCCUGGUGAGAAGACUGGAAGCAUGCCAUGGAGUCCAUUACUCGAAUAGUCAAUCCUGCGCAAAUUUGGUAGCUGAGCUUCUUGCUCCAUCAACCCGCUCAAGUUGUUCUCGGAAAGCUCUUGGAGGAUCACCCUGCCUUGCUCGUCACAAUUGGACGAUGAUGUUGACUCGUUUCUCGUGCGGCUGUACCAGUGGCACUCUGAUACGUUAUAUGACAGCCAGUCAUCGUUGCGUAACCAGGUUUCGCCACCGGUUGCAAAGUAGUGGACUGCCAUGGCAAAUCUCUGUUGCUUUCGAAACGGAGAGUACAACUGGAAAGAGGGAUCUUGUGACAACCAAGCAUUUGCCUUGUACUGAGGACUGGAGGUGUCUCCUUGGAUCUUCUCGAUAGUGGCAGUUGGGAGGUCUUCAUCGAAUGGUAGAUAGUGCAAGUCUGUUUCCUCCUGUUUAUCAUUCGUUUGCUCAUUGACACUAUCACGCAUGCCAAGAUGGUCUUCGUCCAGGGGUGAAGAUGAGAAACUCUUGUGGUUCAUCAUCAGCAGGCCAAUGGUGAAGGCAACGA